GUGUAACAAGAUUGUCCAAGCAGAAACACCCAUAAAACAAAACAAACAAACACCAGUUUCAACUGUCCAACGGCUCAACUGAACGGUCUCUAAAAGUCUAAAAACAUGUCUCUGGAAGCUACUGGGAUUUUCGAACCGGAAACCGGAUUGAGCUUGAACCGCCGGUUCACCGCCUCCGCAACCGGUUUUCCUCCACCUCCCCGCCGGUUCAGAGCCCUUCCUUGUUCAUCUUUCCGAAUUUCUGCUCCUAAAACUAAAAUCCUUUUCUGCAUACCAACGUCCAGCGUAACGGCCGUGGUCGAAUCGAACUCGGCGACGGUGACGGAGAAGGAUGAGGAGGAUGAGAUAUCUGACCCGCCGGUGAGAAUAGUGGCCCUCGUCGGCCAUGGCAGCCUCAGCCCCCUCAAAUGCGCGCCUUGGGAGGAGGUCAUGCUCCACACUGCAAACAGACUGAAAUGGGUGGAUGAAGGGUAUGAAAUGCAAGUGUUUACUGACAAUGUCAUUGAAUCAACUAGUGAACAAAAACUUGGGAAUGUAGAAAGGGAAUUGAGCCGUGCGGAUAUUUUGGUAGUUGUGGGUGUGACGAACCAAGAAUCAGUCGAGUGGAUUCAGUCCAAUGGUCGGAAGGUCGAAAACAUAAUCUGCUUCGAGUCCUCUCCCGGUUUACAAAACAAAUUGGGAGGAUCUUUUGUAGAAAGCAAAAGCCAAAGUGAUGGAAGUUUCUUGGGAAAAAUCAGUGGAAUUUCUCAAUCUAAGAAGAGCAAUCAUACAGUGGAAGUAGUUAAGACUGUGUCUGAGGCAUGGGAAAGGCAUAACUCUGAUGAUAUAAGGUUUUGUAUAUUGGUUAUUGUUAAUGCCUACAUAAGGCCAGUACCAAUUUUGAAGAAUCUGAGAUCAAAAGGGUUUUCCACUCUCAACUGCAUGGUAAAAAAUUGCGGGACUCAGAUAUUAAACUGUCUUUUGGAUCCUAACUGUAGGAAGGCCCUGCAAUGCUUGAACAAGUGUAGUCCCGUCGACCAAGUGUGUAACUAUCGCUGCAUUGCUUCAUACGAGAGUCCAAGCCUGGAAGCCUUUUCUCUCUGCGUGUUGCAGAAGAAUAACUGUCUCGAAUUGGACGCAAAGAUCCCGGAAAAGCCUUGUGUCCCUCCAAUGGUGAAAUUUCAAGACAAAGACUUAUGCCAUGAAGCUGCUGAGGAUGUUUUCGUUGGGUGGUUGGGGGGUCUGGAUUGGAGUUGGCGAGUCGUGGCAGGGCAAAACCCGGCUUACGACCAGUUCCCUUGUCAAUACCAGCUCUUUUACAGGGGAAAGGCAAAAGGGUCCUUCUGGUACGAGCCCGUUUUUCAGGUGAAAACUCUGGAGGGGGAAAUGGUUUGGAGGAGAAGAAGGUAUAGAGUUAAGAGAGGCAAGGUCCCGGGGACGUUUUACUUCAGCGUGUUGGAUAAUGGCGUCGUUUCUAACGAGUUUUGGACCAUUGUGGAUGCACCAGAUGAUCUUAGUUGGGGGUUGUUUCACUACAGUGGGGCUGCUAGAGUUGCCGGGCAAUCGUAUACCGGGGCGGUGCUUGUGAGUCCAAAUGGGGAUUAUCCAAAUGAAGUGGAGAGGAGGAGAUUGGUUUCUGCUUUGGAGAGGUGUGGAAUUAAGGAAUGGGAGCUAUAUACAGUUGAUAAUUGUUCAUGUAUUGACCCUCCUUUAGGAAUUCCCGAGGGCUCAAGAUUGCAUAAUGUGAUUGAAGUUCAAAGAUGAGAAAAAGGUCUUGAUUCUCAUCCUCAAGUUUGGAACAUAAAAAAGAAAUAUCAGAUUUGUUGUAGCUUUUGAUAGUUGCAUAUUAAAAUUAAUGGGUUCAUUUUGUUGUCAAUAUAUGAUAAUUGAUAUGUCUGUAUGUGGUGAGAACUGAGAAGAUUGGGCAAAAAUCACGGUGGAUUAAGACCAAAAAAUGUCAAUGCACCAACCGGGAAUCGAACCCGGGUCUGUACCGUGGCAGGGUACUAUUCUACCA